AUGACUGGUUAUAUUGUUUAUUUAUCUUAUCAAAACAUCAAUCAAAACCCUCAGAUAGAAGAGUUCAUUGACAAUACUGCCAAUAUAUAUGCUCCUGACGGUUAUCCAUUCAGUUCUGAUGACUGCACGUCUCGCUUAAUCUACACUUCGUAUACAGACGAAUCCCUGACUUAUGAAAUUGUUUUUCGACAAGAAAAGUUUGUUAUACCGGAUGGUGGUAUUGACUUUGAUGUAUAUGCGGUUGGAAAUAUCACCGAUGACGUAUAUUUAGAAUUGGUUCAUAGCGAGCUCGAUCAAGAAUUAGAUAGUAUAAAGGGUACCAAAAAAAAUCAAGACCUUCAAAGUCAGUUACUUGACAGAUAUAUAAAUGAAAAUUAUUACAUUCUUUCACCAAACAAGAGUAAUUUGGUAUUUUUUGAAAGCGUUCGUCAUGAAGACUUUGAUGGAUAUUCGCUUUUGAGCAUAUUCAGCCAAUUAAAAUAUCAUACUGUUUCGUCCAGACUUGUGAUCAAAAGUUUUUCAAAUCAAUCAGACUCUUCGUUCUAUGGUAGCUUAUCAGUAAUUAGUCAGUCAAGUAUUGAAAUUGUUCAGAAGCAAACAUGGAAUUACGACAUUCCAAGUAUAAUUAGUACUAUUGGUGGUACAUGGACUAUCGUUACAACCGUUUAUAUAUUUUUAUUUGGCAUUGAUCCAAAUUCGCCGCAGGGUAUUCCACGAGCAAUAUGGAGGUCAUUUCGUAAAAGAAAAGAGAACAAGUUAGAUGCUGAGAGGAUGAGGCUUCUGUUAGAAGAUUAUCUGGUCGAUAUUGAUGAUGUUAUCUUUCAUGAUACUCCAGAUCAUGAUGAAGACACUCCAGGGGAGGAUAAAGAUAUACACGUAUAA